CAGAGGUAUCCAGUGGCAGUGGAGAGCAACGAUAGUGUUACCAAACAAGCGCUUGAUUUUUUAUUGUUGCCUGGUUCGAACACAAAGUUUUAUUCAGAUAACCAUCAAACGAGAAACAUAUGUUGAAUUGUCUGUGAAUCGACAGUGUAAAUAUCGUAAUAAUAUACAAUGUAGGCUAACCAUCAUCGUUUAUCGGACGCAUGCACUUCUGAUUUUCCAUGUGUGCCCACCAAAUGCAAGCUUGGUGGCUAUAUAUUAGCUGGGCGUUUGGAACAGUACCGUGUUUUUUGCAUGAGAGGUGAGAAAUGGCUGAUUGUAUCUAGUUAACACGGUUCGUUGAACAGCUAGCUAAGCAUUGAUUUAAGCCCACAGACUAACCUACAGACAUUUUUAUGCCACGCUGGUUUUUAUGGACCCCUCCCUAGUCAGCUAACGCAAGCACUGUUUUGCCGCAGCCACAAUGUCUUUAGAGUACACCAUCGACAUCCAACUGACAGAGCUAGGGUUUCCUGACAUAUUUGAAGCGGAAGAGACACCUGUCAAAGAAACACACGAUGCUACAUCGUCGAUUAAUGCCUCUACCUCACCGGAGCCUCCAGUAGAAAACCUUCCAACACCCAGUCCAUCUCCUCCUCGAACACCUGAGCCGAGUCAAACGAUCAGCGAAGAAGAAGCAGAGAAAGACGAUGGGGGAGAGGGAGAUGACGGACAGGGAAUUGUCAGAGAAGCUCAACAUAUAGAGACAGGUACAUUUAAUGCUGUAAAUGGACAAGAAGAGGAAAGUGGUGUGGAAACGGAGGACACUGAUGACAGUGGGGUCUCCGAAAGGGAAGAGGAGGACGAAGAUGAUGAUGAGGAUGAUGGGCCUCCCUCAGUGACAGAGUCAGGUGGUUCUUCUGAACACCACUGUGGAGUCUGUGACCAGGUCCUGUCCUCGGACUUCCAGCUCCGGGAACACAUGAACCUGCACACAGGAGAACGCCCGUACUGCUGUGCCGAAUGUGGCAAGCGCUUCUGCCAACUGGUAAACUACCGCUCUCACCUGCGAACACAUGCCCAGCCCAAAGCCCUGGCCGCCGACUGUUGCCGCAUCUGCCGCAAGACCUUCGAAUCGGUAAAGGCCCUCAAGCAGCACCUGAGCAACUCCCAUUUCGAACCCGAGUUCUACGAGUGCGACGUGUGCAAGCGCAUCUUCACCAACAGGUCCGGUUGUGAGGACCACAUCAAAUGGCACAAGGCGGUGAUGGGCAGCCACGUGUGUCCGACCUGCGGACGCCACUUCCACCUCGGCCGCUCGCUCAAGCGGCACAUGCAGAGGAAGUGUCGCAAAUGGAGCUACGUCUGCUGCGACUGCCCCUUGGUGUUCAAGAGCAAGAAUGCUCUCCUGAAGCACAGCUUCACCCACCUGGGCCUGCUGCCGUACACCUGCGUCCAGUGUCGCCGGCACUUCCGCCUGGCGCGGCACUACAACCAGCACAAGUGCGAGCCCGACCGCAUCCAGUGCGUGGCCUGUCUGGGAGUCUUCACCAGCCAGAACGACUUCGAAAGGCACAAGAAGGACACUGGCUGCUGGGGCCACCAGGGCUCUAAGGGGAGCGAGAUCCGCUGUAUGGAGUGCGGCGAGAGCUUCGCCAGCAUGGAGGAGCUGAAGAAUCAUGCGGGGGCUCAUCAGAGGGUCCUGACCUGCUUCGUUUGUGGCAAGGGCUUCCGAUCGUCUCUGCUUUUGAUGUCGCACAUGGGCGGUCACGCGAGCCAGAGGCCAUACCUGUGCCAGAAGUGUGGCGUGGGAUUUCCCCACCAACAAGACUACGACUGCCACCUCAAGAACUGCGGAAGCAUAGUCCUUCCAAUGAUGGCUCCAAAGAAACCUCAGACGACUACCCAAGCUGCUGCUACUGUGUCCCCUCCCCAGCAUGCCCUAAAGAUCGCCAUCCCUGUCCACAAACCUGGCCCGCAGGUUCCCAUCCCUGUGUACAAACGUGCCCCAACUGCAGUUCAUAAGCCUGUGCAGAACGUUCCUGCGUCACCGGCCCCAGUUCACGUUUACAAGCCAAUCAAAGCAAUGCCAACCGUUGUGGGAACCCCAAUCACCAUCCCAGCUGGAGUCUUAAACAGUGUCCCUACCCCGGGGCAGAAAGGGGAUGGGUUGUGGAAGCUCUCCCUGGAUAAGAAUCCUCCUCCUGGGGUGAAGUUAGUGGUGUUUGUCCCCACCAACAGCCGUCUGGCUUCCGGGCUGUCUGGCUCAUCCACCGGUCCCGAGACCCCAGCCUCUUCGGUCUGUCUGCCCAAGCCUCCUGUUAUGGUGCUCCCACCUGCUCCUAGAACUGGGCUGGGGGUGGAGCACACCUUCGACCCUGUGCCGAGUCCAUCACCCGGUGCAUAUCAGCACCCGGACGUCCCUCUCGAUUUGGUCAAAAAGCCCGGGGGGAACAAACAGGAGCCCAGUGAUAUUCAACCUCUCGAUCUGUCCAUGUCCUCCUCACCCAAGGCCACACUCCCCGGGCCUCCUCCUUUCACCCUCCUCCCACCCAUUAAGAGUGAAAGCAGAGACCCGGGGUCUUCAGUGGAGCCCACUGGUUCUGCUCUGGACCUGGUGCUGGUGAAGAAGGAGCCUCAGUGUCCGAGGCCCAGCAGUGGAGAGCAGAACCCCGACACGAGGGCCUCGAACGCGGGGACGGAGGAGCAGUCGGAGAAGGGGACAUGUGAUACGGAAGCACGGAACGGUAGGAGCCCCGUCCGUCGUCUGGCCGCGGUGAAAACGGCGGACCCAAAGUUCGAAGAAGACGGGCAUCCGACAGGUGAAGAGGGAGGGGUGGGUGAAUCAACUCUGUGUAAGGGUGAACCCCGGCCUUUCGAGCUGGCGCUACAGAGCAACUUGCAGCCAGUGGGAGGACCUUCGCCCACGACACGGCCCACAGUCUCCCCCUCCCCUCUCCUCUCACUCGGCCGCACAGCAGAGCACGUCCCCUUCGCAUUACGCUCUACUCCCUCGCCGCCGACAAAAAGAAUCAAGUUAGAGGAAAGUCAAGAGAAAUCUGAAUAAAUCUCCUCACAUUUGUAUAAGACUGCUUUUAGCUGCUGAGGGACACAAAUCACCCUAGACACUCCUGCGAAAGAAAACACUAUAUACUGCGUAUAGCGCUAUUGUAGUUGACACAACUUAUGCAAGUAAAAACUUUGACCCAAGGGUUUAUACUGAUCUUUUUCUUACUAUUAUUAUUAUUCGUAUUAUUGAAAACUCCAUUAGUGUACCUCCUUUUGUCUUGCAUAAUAUUCUGACUUUGAACACUGUAAAUAUAGACUCAAUAACAAUCAGUGUGCCUCGCUAUGGGAGUUGACACCAUCUAACUAUGGUUGUCGCAAGAGGAAUUGUGGAGGAGAUGCUGAAGCUAAUAUGGGACGCAUGUGCUGUCAACAGUGUCCUGCACUCAAUGUCGCAACCCUGCAUUCCAAAACAUUAGUAUUUCAAUGCAACUUGACUAUCACACUGUAGCUGGGAUCCUACAUGACAGCAAUAACGACCAGCACAUGGAACAACACGUUCCAUACAGUGUGCUUGGCCUACUGUUUACAUUGUCUUGUGUGAUCAGAUAACUUUGUUUUUAAUGAAUGUUUCUUGUUUAGCCAAUCCUCUGUGAAAAAAAUAAUAUUCUGUUUAAUUCCAUCCAGUCAACUGCUGUACAGGACAUUUGAUCUCUUUUUGUUUAGAAAGUGUUACGGUUUGGAGGAUUCAGUGUAUGCUGUAAGUGUAGGUGUUAUUCAAGACUGUUAGUUUUCUUAAAAAUGUUGCUCAUUAUGAAUGUCCAUUGAGGUUGAGUAUUUUUUGCACUGUAUGUGUAUGUAUGUAUUCUGACUUGAUGAUAAAGAUGACAUGUUACGAUGAAGGCGAGUCAGUGAUGAAUGUACUGUAACUUUAAUAAAAUA